AUGGAGCAAGGCAUUCAACAUGCCCAUUAUGAACUGGAGCGCAGUGAGUUAAAUCUCCACUUUACGGGCUCAGGGUGUAUUGUCCUCGUCGAUGGAACGGCAUCCGUCUACGGCGCACCUCUUAAGCGGAACGUGCGUUAUAAUUUUCCUCGGUGUGGCAUACCCGUGGCGUCUCCACUGACUUGUCGAUUGCAUGUGGAAGGGGAAUUCACAGCCACAGUUGAUUUUCUUAACUCUGCAGUUGACGAUAUACACGCUGUGUUGGAUCUUGCACGGACUGAAGCCACUAUGAGCAAUGAUGCGUCCCGCGACUCCCACGAUGAAGCCCCACGAGGACCCCGUGCUCUCAUCAUUGGGGGUCAAAAUACCGGUAAAAGUAGUCUUUGUCGAGCUCUUGCGAACUUGGCAACCUGCGAUAAAAAAUAUGGGGUUGCUCUGGUGGAUGCAGAUGUCGGCCAGCAGGGCAUCGCUUGUCCUGGGAGUAUUGCCACUGCAUUUAUCGAAAAUUACAUACCCGUAGAUGAUGGAUUCAACACAAUGAUGCCCUUAACCUUUUUCUUUGGAGAUAAAAUUGUUAAUGCAUCUUCCCGAAAACGUUAUUUGGACAUAUGUGCCUUUGCCGCGCAGGCCAUUGAUUCAGUCUGUAUGUCGAAACCUCAGUACGCAACAGGUGGAGUCAUAGUGAAUACAAUGGGUUGGACGACAGGCAUUGGGCGAGACGUCCUAUUCGAACUGGUUUCGGUGUUCUCCAUCACACAUGUGGUCGUGUGCGGUUUUGAGGAGGAUCUCGCGGAGGAAGUACGAAAGACUGCCGUGGGCCGUAGCAUUACACUCCUCAGGUAUCCAAAGCAGCCGCACAUAUUUGAGCGCGGGCCAUCAGAACUCAGUGAAUCACGCACGAAGCAGUUGGUAACGUAUUUUAAAGGCACACUAAGAACGCCCUUGUCACCCUACCGCGGUGUUGCCUUUGUAAAGGACGUGCAGUUUGUGAAUGCGUUGACCCUGGAGGUGCUUUCUUGGCAAGAGGUGGCGCCGUUGAGUUUGGUUGCUGUUUCAUGGUCCGAUUCUCUUGAGUCUGUGGAUGAGGCUAACAUUGCUGGUUUUAUAGUCCCACUAGAGAUUGGAAGGAAGUUUUUUUCAUUUCUUUCUCCUGCGUCUGGAAGUCUUCCAAAGCCAUUCUUGUUAGUAUCACCCACCAUUAAACUUCCAUCGUCGAAGGUACCGCCGUUCAGUGCCUCUUGA